UGUUAACCUUCGCCAGUUGUACAGAUUACUAUCACCUAAAUUUCAUAGUUAGUACAUCCCUGACUAGAAUAAACAUGAAAACUUGCGCAAUUAUUUAUUUUUGAGAUUGUUUAGUUACGCUAACGUGAUUGAUUCUGCUUCUGCUCUAUCUGUGCACAUUUAAAUUUCUGACCGUGUGACUAGACUGUCCAAGGAUGCCUUCUUUUACAAACGGUGGGAAUGCCGAAUCGGAUACAUUUUUGUUCACUUCCGAGUCUGUUGGUGAAGGACACCCAGACAAAGUUUGUGAUCAGAUAAGUGAUGCCAUACUUGAUGAGUUUCUGCGCCAGGAUCCUGAGGCUAAAGUAGCAUGUGAAUCCUUCGUAAAAAGUGGACUUAUUCUUGUUGGGGGCGAAAUCUCGUCGAACGCUGUAGUUGACAUACAGAAAACUGUCCGCGAUGUUGUGAAGCAUAUCGGUUACGAUGAUACUCACAAGGGUUUAGAUUAUAAGAAUUGCAAUGUCUUAACAGUGAUUGAGCAACAAAGUGCAGAUAUCGCGAAGGGUGUACAUGAAGGAAGAAAAAUUGAAGAUAUUGGUGCUGGAGACCAAGGAUUAAUGUUUGGUUAUGCAACUGACGAAACUGAAGAAUGUAUGCCCUUAACAGUUACCCUAUCACACGCUUUAAAUAAACGCAUAGCCACAUGUAGGCGUAAUGGUAUUUUGCCGUGGGCGGGUCCUGAUUCAAAGACUCAAGUGACCGUAGAGUAUUUAAAUGAUCAUGGAGCUUGUCGACCUUUACGAGUACAUACAGUGGUCAUUUCUACACAACAUGAUGAACAUGUAACUUUGGAAAAAGUUCGAGCUGAUUUAAUGGAAUAUGUUAUUAAAGAAGUAAUCCCUACAAAUCUCUUAGAUGAAAAAACUAAAUAUCAUUUAAAUCCAGCUGGAAGAUUUGUAAUUGGUGGUCCUCAAAGUGAUGCUGGUUUAACUGGCAGAAAAAUCAUUGUAGACACAUACGGAGGCUGGGGUGCACAUGGUGGCGGGGCGUUUUCUGGGAAAGAUUAUUCCAAAGUUGAUCGAUCCGCAGCUUAUGCAGCACGUUGGGUGGCUAAAUCCCUUGUAAAAUCUGGCCUUUGUCGCCGUGUCCUAGUUCAGCUCUCGUACGCUAUCGGGAUCGCAGAACCAUUGGCUAUUAAUGUAAACAGUUAUGGAACUGCAAAGAUUAGCGAUAAGAAAUUAUUGGAUAUUAUUGUGAAUAAUUUCGAUCUACGUCCUGGAGUAAUAGUCAAAGACUUAGAUCUCCGAACACCUCGUUAUUUACAAACUGCUGUUUAUGGCCACUUUGGUCGACCGGAAUUCCCAUGGGAACAAUGUAAAAAGUUAACAUUCUAACCUGUGAAAGAUCAAGGCAUCCGUUUUUUGUUGAAAACCCAAUCGUGAAUAUAUUUAUAUAUAUAAUAAAUUGGAGACACAAAUUCUGUUUGUUUACUACUUUACGUAAUUUUGCAUUUGCUAGUCACAUCCUUUUCAAUCACCUAUUACUACUCCCCCACUCCACUCUUCUACUCUCUAAAGUGUUCGCUCAUAUUUAUAUAUCGCAUCAUGGAACUGAAUCGUUCAUUAGUGUAUUUAAAAUAAUCAUUGUCAUUCCUUGGUUAUGUUGUACGGUUUUUUUUAAAGAAAAGAUUAAACUUGUAGAAGUGA